AAAUCAUGAAAACCUAACUUUAUAAUUUUCAGACAUUGAUAUGAAUAAAAUCCUCACUCAUGGUACACUGCUGUAAUAGUAUUAUUACAUACGCGAAAAAACUAACUAGUCUUUUUUUAUUCCAUAAACAAAGAUUCAGUUAAAACUUAAAACUAAAAACGACUAUAUGCAAAUAUUCAUCACUUAAUUCAAUAGGCCCAGUUUAUACAUUAGAACAGUCUUCAUUAUUUUCCGUUGACCCGUCCUCCACUCCAUAAUAUAACAGCCAUAAAUUAAGAAUAAUCUUCUCAUUAUUUUCCGUUGACUCUUCUUCUAUUCAAACUGCGCGAUAAUAAAUGACAAACUAUGGCGCGAUUCCAACCUCGUCUCGUGCAUCACCGUCACCACCGGUGGUUGAUGUCGAGUCUCUAUCGAGCGACAACAACCAAUGCACCGCGUGCGCCAUGCCCCGUCGUCCUUGGGGAGUGAUGUUCGACCUCCACUCCAUGGGACUUCCUCACGGCAUAUCCGAUGCUUCCUCCAGGUUCAAAACGAACUACAACUACUUCCGGACAAACUACGGGAUCUUCUUUACCAUCAACUCCUUGAUAGCCAUCUUCGGCAGUCUUAUCAAGCAUCCGGUCUCGCUCAUGGCCUUCACUUUGUUGGUUUCCAUCUAUAUCUUACUUUAUUACCUCCAGGAGGACGAAGAGCCGAUCAAGCUGUUCUGUUGUCAGAUCAGUGAUCAGAUGAUUCGGAUCGUCAAGACUUGCUUGUUUUUGUUAACCAUGGCUCUUCUUGUCGUGACCAACUCGUCGUACGUGAUCUACGGUUGGCCGUUGGUGAUCGUAUAUGUUCCGAUCUUGAUCCAUACGGUGGUUCGGAAGACGGAAGAUCUAUUCUUGGGUGAAGAGGCAGCGACGAUGACUGAGACUUAUGGGAGCUCUCUCCGUUUACAUGUCAUGUUCGUUCUCUUUAAUUUGUACUUGAGCUUUGGUUAAGGGUGAGGGACGUUACGAGUUUUAGAGUUUGGUAUGAUUGUUUGGCCGAACGUAUAGACUUAUUAUAUACAUUCAAACGUCUCCUGUUUUGUUUUUCAUUUUUUUCCGGAAAACUUUAGUCCCGCCGGACACCAUGCAAUCUCCGAUUUGCCACCAAUUUUAAGGGAUAUUAAAUAGUAUUUUUAAUUAAACGAAAAAAGGUUUUACAUGUC